AUGUUGAUCCUCGCAUACAGACGCCGGUUAUGGAUCCUGCUGGUCCCCAUCAUCAACUUUAUCUUCCUCUUCCUCUUUGUCUUCUCCCCUUCCUCCCUCCCAAGACUACCUCGACAGCUCUCUCUCCUCUCCAAAGAAUCGAUCCAGCAACAACGCCAAGCAUCAGAGAGGGUUGUCGAGGACCUGCCGCCAGGGACUUUUGAGCACAUCACAUUCCAGCACAAGGACGGCAGCCCUUCUUCAUCUUUGCAGUUCAAUGGACCUGCAAAUGGAUCUGACGAUGGAGGAGACAAUGUCGGUGGUGGUGAUGGUGGUGGAGGAGUACCAGAUGAAGGAGCUGGAGCUUCAGCCGAGGGAGUAGCGGGAUAUAUCUAUUUGUUGGAGCAGCGGAAACUUGUUGAGGGAGUUCGAUUGACGCCAUUGCCUCAGCAUCUCAUCACGACCUAUCGACCUGGGUACCUUCUCUUUCACUCUCGAGAUAACCAGGGCUUAAAAGGUAAUAGCACUGACGUUAAAGGACCCACUUCUGCCACUGAAGGAGGAGCUGUCGAUCCAUCUCGUUACCACGACUCCCAAGCGAUAUUCCCACACCACCCGCCCAACCAAGGGGUGAGCCAACAACAACAACAACAGAUUCAGGAGCUCACAAAGACAGGAAUGGAGGAAUCGACAACACUAUACGACAAGGAGGAGGAAGAGGAAAAGAGAAUCAACCAGGACCCAACCACAAAAUACAUCACCUUCCUCCCGCACUCGGGCUUCCACAACCAACGGACAGAACUCGAGAAUGCCCUCUUGUUGGCUCGACUCUUGAACCGGACGUUGAUCAUGCCAAAGGUGUAUCUGGGACCCCCCAUGCCGUGGUUGAAGUUCAAUCUAUUGCAUUCGAGGCUGUUGUAUCAGACCAAGAUUGGGUUGGAGCAUUGUCGGGCUAUUAUUGAGAGUCAGGUUGAGUUUGAUGAGGACGAGGAGGAUGUUGGUUUGGAUGGUGAUUUGGAGGGUAGAGAGGUGGGUGGCAAGGAGGAACAGGGGAAAGGCCGUGAUCACCCUCAGGUGUCGCUAUUACCACAGCAAAAAGACGCGGUUCAUCAAGAAGUGCCUUCCGUGCCUGUACAGGAGCCGAAGGAAGUGACUCCCAAUCUUGCAGGUACUAUUGCUAAACCGGAGAUUAAGGACGACAUACAUGCAGGAAGAGGAGGGGGAGGAGGAGCAGUCGUGUCGGAGGAAUUGGCGGCGACUCUGGACGGUCAACAAGUUGUACCAGCCGUCAUCUCCGCAGACAAGGAGGAGGCAGCCAACUCCAGCCUUGACAGUGAGAGUAUGGACCAAAUGAUGUCAGAAACAGCAGAAGCCGAUGUGGAGAUGGGGGAUGCAGAGGAGGAGGCAGAGGAAGAGGAGGAAGAGGGCUUCCAGUCAUGGAUCGAGGAACCAGACGAAGAGGACCAAGACCGAGUCAGGAUCGCAACCGGUGAUGGAGACCUUGGCAAUAUCAUAGACCUCGAGGACGAACAAGAAGGAGUCGAGGAAGGGGAGGGAGUGGAGGAAGAGGAGGAAGGUGCCGAGGGGUUCGAUCAAAUUAAGGACUGGGGUCAAACUGUGGGUGAUGAGGAGGACGACGAAGUGGGCAACAGUGACUUUCAAACAGAGCAACGACGACAGCGAGACAGACAAGCCGGCGGGUACGAUUACGAAAGAGACCCACCUUCCUUCCAGUUGGGGAUCCUGGACGACGACGAGGAUGACGAGGGUGUGGAUGAUCAAGACGAUGAUUUCGAUUGGAAGCCUGAAUAUUAUACCCUGCGACAGCAGCAACAAAAGCAUCGGUACCGAGAUAGUCGACAGAAACAACGACAGCGUUUUCAUGGAGAUCCUGAGGGAGGAGGGUCAGGAAGGCUGCUGUCGCAGCAGAUGGAGAUGGAUGUUGAGGGAGCUGCGUUACCACUAUAUUUGCCGGCCCCUGAGCGGCCGAUCGAUCGGAAGGCUGCUGCUGGACUGCAGAUCAAAAAGCGAUCUAUGCCUACCGAGUCACCGCCUUUGGACCCUUCGCGACUCGAAAAGCGAAAACUUGCAGGACAAUACGCCUUCCAACAACAACAGCAACACGAGCCGAUACCUCCCGAGCAGCAGCAACGUCAUCGCCGUCCCUCUACAGCAGCGUCAGCGACAGCAGCCAAAAAGAAAAGGCCAAGUCGUCCCAUGCAGUGGAUUCCUCUGCCAGCCGAAUGUCUUCAGUACGAGUCUUGGACGAUGACAGAUUGGGAUCUGUUCUUUGAUCUGGACCCGCUUCGACACUAUGUCCGGAUCCUGACUCGUGAGUCCAUGUCGAUGGACUAUCUUGAGGGCCGGUUCAACAUCACUUUUCUCCAUCCCGAGGAACCAGUCGUGGCGCCAGCAGCAGACACAGUACCGGUGGAAUCUCAGGACAAGAACAACGCCUCGGAACCAAAGCCGUCUACUGCAGACGGUGAUGCGGAAUCGGACGGAGAUGAGGUUGACAAGGAGGGUGACGACGACAGUAUUGGACAAGAGGCAGCAGACGAGGGUGACGCAACUGAAGACACCGAGGGCGACACCGGCGACGACAGCAAGAAGCCCAAGUCGCCUCUAUUCCGCUCAGAAGCCGAUGUCCUCCUCUUUGACGACACCAGUCUCUACGACUACCGCUUUUCCGAAUCGCCCAACGCCACAGAGUCCCUCAAGACCCGCUCCAAGUUUGUCCAGGAGUUUACUAUCGAUUGGCUUGCUCAACGUCCCGAGCGAUUGAUUCAUUUAGGGUCGAUCUUUGGGACAGGACGGGUGGCGAUCGAGUCGUUGGAGGCCAUGGCAUGGUUGCAGAUGAUUCGGGAUCAUCAUAUUAUCCGGACCGAGAUCUUGCAGACGACUAGUCAGAGAAUUGCAGAUAAGAUUAGUGAGCGUGCUGAGGAGGACAUUGGAAGAAGUAGCGGUGGUGUGGGUGAGGUCGGGCACCCGAUGGAGGGAGGGUUUGUGGGGAUUCAUAUCCGGAUGUCGGAUGGGCAUUUUUCGUUGACGGCUAGGGACACGAUUGAGAAUAUCCGACAGGAGCUCAUGUGGCAGAUUGAGAUGUCCGAUCCUACCAUUGUUGCUUCUGCUGCAGAUACGAUGGGUUAUGCGGCCGAUGGAGGCAAUGGCGGCAGCACACCACCUCGUGCCAAGAAGCAAGGACGUUUGUCGAUUGAGCAGUGUCGCGCCCGGGCCUCGAACCACCGUCGGGCUCUUCAGGAGCAACUCUUGCAGCAGCAACAGGAUCGAGAGCGCGAACGCGAACUAGGCCAUCCUCCUAUGGAAUCGCCUCCCUCUUCCGACCAAGAACAACAACAACAGCCAUUCAUGCAAAUCCCGACUACCGACUCUGACCCAACCUCUCAACCAAAACGACGAUCCAACGGCCGUUAUACACCUAUCUACCUUGCCACUGACGCCCACCGCCCCCGGUCAAACCCCAUCUUUGACCGUCUCUUCUCCACCUUUGACUGCAUCUUCACCCUCGACGAUUUCUCAGAAGACCUAGAGCAGUUGACGCAGUACCGGAACCCGGAGGAUGGGGUAUUGAUGACAAAGUUCUUGAUCCCAAUGGUGGAUGCGAUGGUUGUUGCAAAGGCGGCGGCGUUCUUUGGGACGCCUGCCAGUACGUUCUCGAAUUAUAUUCAGAGGCAGUUGAGGCCUGCUUAUACGGGGCUUUAUGAUUGA